AUGAUUCCUUAAUAGCCGUUUGUUCCGAUGCCUUAUUAUUAUCCUAUGGUCCCUGUGCCAACUAUCCCUUAAGGGACACCAUAGAUGAUGAUGAUGCCUAAUUAAUUUAACAAUGCAAAUUAAUCUUUGGCAAACAAUUAAAAUGAUUAAAUGAAUGGUAAUUAUAAUAGUUCAGGAGCUGAUAGGAAAAGGGCUUAAAGCUAAAAUGAUCUGGAUUUUGAAGACAUAUUAGACAAAGAGAAAUUUAAAUUUGAUUCAGUAAAAAAUAUGAAUAAAAAAGGAGAUUUUUUGAAUUAAGGAUCUUCUCAGUAAAUAUAACCAAACAUUUUCAAACCUGGAAACCAUUCAAGCCAUUUUAAUCCUAAAUCUAUGAAUGAGCUUGUAGUUGAUAAAUAAAAAAAGAAUCAAUAUGCUUAGCUUCUUUAGUAAUAAAUAUAAAUAAAGAAAGAGUUAGAUCAUGAAAAAAAGAUACUUGAUAAUAAACAUAAUUUGUAAUUACACUUAGAGAGACAAAAAAAUGAUAUGAUCAGCUAUAAUAUGCCGAUAAGAGAUCAAUAUGGUAAUAUUUUGUAAUCUAGAGGUUAACCUGGUAAUAGAAAUUAUUAGCUAUAAGAUUGGUUUACUUUUGUGCCAAAUAUAAAUCAAAAAUACAUAUAAGAAGAAGACAUUCCUAUAGUUGAACAAGCAACAUCUGCUUUAAAAUAAAACCUUGCAAAUCCUCAUUCACAUUAAGUUGAUGCGUUCUAUAGAUAAUAGUAAAACUUAAUUAAUUUUGAAAACAAGAAUAAGAGACCAUUACAGUUUAGUUUUUCUAAUGGAUAAUAAAAGCAAUAAAUUACAUUUGAUAAUAACUAUAACCAAAGAUUCAAUAGUUAGUAAGACCUUUAAUACCAAGAUAAUGGACAAUAAUACAAUAAUCGAUUUUAAAAUUAAUAUGAGGAUGAUGAUGAAGAUUAAGAAAAUGAUAAUGGUAAUCAUAGGGUAAGAAUAGUAACACCAACUAAAUAUAAAAGGGCAAAUAGGGGAACAUAGACACCUCAUCUCCCAGACGAACUUAAUUAGUUAUAAAAUUAAUAAAUUGGAGAUCUGUAUCCUAACUUAUUGAGAAAUUCAUCAUUGGCUGAGAUACCUACACAAUCAAGAAUACAAACUGGAUAUAAUAGAAUUCCUUCCUCUGGUUAGCUUUUAGGUAUUCAUCCUUCAUCUGUAAGGUUUACUGAAUAUUUAAAAGGUGAUUAUAAAUAUGCUAAUGAUAUUGAUAAAAUGAGAAAGAGAGAACAGUAUAUUUAACUAUAAAAUGAGUAAAUGAACCAAAUGGAGGAGAAGAAAAGGUAAAAAGAACUUAAUAAAAUAUAAGAAAAGAGAGAAAGGGAUUUAGAUGAUUUAAGAGUGAUGAGAGAGUAGUAGUAGCUUAAUGAAAAAUUCUCACAAGAAUUUUCUAGUGUUCCUGUUGACAGAAGAAAUUUAAAAGAAUCGUUUGUUCCUGAUAUCAAUAAUUAAAAAUUUAGUCAAAGAGGAAAGAAUUUUAAUACUUCUUUCUCAAAUUACGAAGUUUAACAUACUCUAGGAGGCAAAAAAGGAAAAAGGCCAAGAACUCCAAUUGAAGAUGCUAUUAAUCCGUUUUAAGAAAAAGAAAAAUUUAACACCUAAACAUCAUCUUCAAGCAAUCAAAUAAUUAUUCAAGAAAUUCCUUUUAAAGUUAAAGAACAAGUAGGUGAUGCAAUUAGUGGGGAAUUAUCUAAAUUGAGAUCAGAAAUGAGGGCAUCUCAAGGAUUUAUAUAGAAUGAAUUGAGUACUAUUAAAAAAGAUAUAAAUGUAAUAAAUUAGUAAAAGGGUGAGCAAGAAUAAAAGCAAAACAUUCUUUAUAACGAAAUUAACAAAACAAGACUUGUUGACGAAAUUAGGAGAAGAGAACUUGAACAAAGAAUGCUGGAAAAAGAAAGAAGUGAAAGAGAAAAAAUAGAGGAUGAGAUUUCUAAAAACUUGUUAGAAAACCCAGGCUUUACAAGAUAUGAUUUAUAAAAUUAAAAGAAAGUUUUCUUCGAGUUUGAUGAUUAGUAUAACUACGAGCCAGACAGAAUUAACUAAGACAUAGGAAGAAUAUUAAGAGAAGGUGAAUUACCUUCUCAGAAAAUAUAAAUCCACUAUAAUGAUGGAGGUAUCAAUAAAGUCAAUUAUGUCACUUACGAUGAUGGAUUUCAGAAAACAACUAAUGAAAUCCUAAGCAACUAAUAGUAAAAAAUAGAAGAAAGGCUUAAAAAUAUGGGUUUAGGCAAUUUAGAAUAGCCAAAAUCGCUAAGUACAAUCUACUAAAAUUAUUCAACAAAUGCCGAUAGUCUUUCUGAAAAUAAUAAUAACUUCUCUAAGAUUUAUAAAAAUUCCUCACUCACAGAAAUAAACAGACCUAGUGCAGCCAACUCAGACACUGAUGAUAUUUAUAAAGAUUUAAUAAAAGGUAAUUAAGAACAUAGUAAGGUUUUCAAUAAAAAGGAAGACAAUAAAUUAGAUAUAGAAGAUUUCGUAAUGUGGAAUUCUAAAGCUGCUAGAUAUAGGUGA